UAUAUAACCAUCAUCUUAUUAUAACAUUGUGGGAGCAGUGUUACCUACUUGUUAUGCUGGAUUUUUGUCUUGAAUCAAAUACAGGUUCUGAAGGCUGAUGAUGUUGAUCUAAUGAUCAUUGCUCGAGGAACAUCUGGAUUCUCUGGUGCUGACCUUGCAAACUUGAUUAACAUUGCUGCUAUCAAGGCUGCAAUGGAUGGUGCUAAAGCUGUGAGCAUGGCUGAUCUAGAGCAUGCAAAAGACAAGAUCAUCAUGGGAAGUGAACGCAAGUCAGCUGUCAUAUCCGAGGAUUCACGAAAGUUGACUGCUUUCCAUGAGGGUGGUCAUGCUCUUGUGGCCAUUCAUACUGAUGGGGCCCUUCCUGUUCACAAGGCAACUAUAGUACCCCGAGGGAUGGCUCUCGGCAUGGUUACUCAAUUGCCCGAGGAGGAUGAGACCAGCAUCUCCCGGAAACAGAUGCUUGCCCGGCUUGAUGUUUGCAUGGGAGGCCGGGUUGCUGAAGAGCUGAUUUUUGGAGAAAAUGAAGUCACUUCUGGUGCAUCCUCAGAUCUCAUGCAAGCAACUAGGUUGGCAAGGGAGAUGGUUACCAAAUAUGGUAUGGGCAAUGAAGUUGGACUAGUCACACAUAAUUACAAUGAUGAUGGGAGGAGCAUGAGCUCGGAGACUAGGCUUAUUAUUGAGAAAGAGGUGAAGGAAUUCCUGGAGAGGGCUUACAACAAUGCAAAAACUAUUCUAACCACUCACAACGAGGAGCUUCAUGCACUUGCCAAUGCUCUUCUGGAGCAUGAGACCCUCACAGGAACUCAGAUAAAGGCAUUGCUUGCACAAGUUAGAUUACAGAUGCAGCAGCAACAUCAGCCACAAACAGUUGAAGCUCAGAGUAGAUCCAACAAAGUGCCUCCAUCAUCAAGCCACCCAGCAGCAUCUGCUGCAUGGAUUGCUGAAUGUGUGAGCACUAUAAGAAUUUCUAUCCUAUUAAAUGGCAGUCCCACUGGUGAGUUUGGGGUUGGCAAGGGACUAAGACAAGGAGAUCCACUUGCUCCAUUUCUAUUUCUUAUAGUUGCUGAGGGCCUUAAUGCAUUGAUGAGCAAAGCUGUGGAAUGUUAG